UGGAGUGAUCGCCAUGUGGAGAAAUGUUGUGGAGGGGGAGAGAAGAAGUUGGGAUUUGGAAAUGGCAGCUAAAUAAGGAAAAAGAAAUUGACGAGUCUUCAGUCUCUGCAAACUUGGGGUCUUCGUGGCCCUUCACGGACAGUUCCGAAAAUCCCUCGAAUUCGCUCACCUUCUCGUUCCCUUUCUGUAAGUUCAAUCUUCAAAGAUCUUCUGGUUCAAUAUCUGAAUCCAAUUUGUAAUUGGGUUUUUAAUUAACGCUUCUACAGUCUUUCUUUAAAUUCCAUCUGGGUUUACUUGAUUCUCAGUCGAUUUCCGAAGAAAUUCAUGAUUUGUUGGUUUGGCUUUUCUAGUUCUCCUUCUCGAAAUCAGAUCUCGUGAUCCCACUGAUUGUUGCGUGUAAAUUCCCCAUGUGGAUAUGUUUCACUUGCCCCAACUUCCCAACCCAUCGAUUGGACUCAUUGUAUCAUGAGAAGUUAUUCAUUUGAUCUAGGCAGUCCCAAUCCCAAGUCCUUCGCUGCUCACCGAAGAGGUGAGUUUGAUUUAGAAGCUGGGAGUGUCAAAAAAGCCAGGAAGCCAAGAAAGUCCCUGUUUCUUCCUUUCAGAAUGCUUAAAUCUCUCAUAAACCGUGUUUAUUACUAUUACAAGUUGCACCCAGUUUUGGUUUUCUUCAUUUCCCUGUUGUUUGGGAUCACAAUUCUCACAGUUCUGUCCCUUUAUGAGAGCCAGUACAGAGUGGUGAGUGACUAUAGGAAAUUAGAUGUGGUUUCUGAUACAUAUCCGUUUGCCAAGCUUCGGAAUCUUGUAAUGGUUGCCGGGCAUUCAAUUUAUACGAGUAACAGUUGUGAGAAGGCUGACAAGGAGGAUUCUUGGUUUCUGGAGUCCUAUCAGAAGCAUCCAGGCCAGGCUGCUACUUUUGUGACACAUAUACAAGAGGGAGUGGAAAUUGCUGCUAAAGAUAGUGAGGCCUUGCUAUUGUUCAGUGGUGGCGAGACUCGGAAAGAUGCAGGGCCCCGGAGUGAGGCUCAGAGCUACUGGUCUGUUGCUGAAUCACGAGGAUGGUUUGGCAACCAAGAAAAUGUGAGAUGGAGGGCACUCACAGAAGAACAUGCGAGAGACAGUUUUGAAAAUCUUCUUUUUAGUGUUUGCCGGUUCCGGGAACUUACUGGCACAUAUCCUCUUAACAUAACUGUUGUGAGUUACGAUUUCAAGCAGGAGAGGUUUGCACAUCUGCACCGCUCUGCAAUUCGGUUUCCAGAGGCAAGAUUCUUUUAUUCGGGCACACCGGCUUCUCCAACUUCAAGAGAAGCAGCUGUGAAAGGUGAAGCACUCGUGAGGGCUCAAUUUCAACAAGACCCCUAUGGGUGCUUAGGUUCACUUCACCGCAAGAAAUUAGGAAGGGAUCCUUUUCACCGGUCAAUUCCUUAUCCUGAUGGCUGUCCUGAAAUUGAAGGAUUGUUCAGAUAUUGUGGUGCAGCCCCAUAUACAGGGUCCCUUCCUUGGAUUUGGUAACAUUUUCUUUUUCUUUCUUCUUUUAAUUCACAGCAUAGCUUAUAUCUCCUCAAAAUCAUACCAAUUAGAUGCUUUACCCAACAAUAAUUUUCAUCGUUGUAUAGCAAAUGAGAAAAUGAAACUGAUUUCCCUUGUCUGGUUAUGAAAGAGAUGUUUAUGGACUAUUCACUGAGUUGGCUCUCUGAAUUGAAUCUCUCACUUUUUUGGCGCAUGCAA